CUGAUUAUUCAUAAGGCGCAGCGCUCUUUGAAUCCACCAGGCAAAAUAACAGUCUAGUCGGAUUCGGUGUGGAGCGAACAGCGCUUCGUGAUUCGUUUUAGCCUUUCUCUAAGUCUAACCUAGUCCUAGUAGAUCUACGCCCUGAUACUUGAUAGAAUUUUAGUUUUCAUGUAGCUGUGAGUAGGUGCAUGCGACCUUAUUUGUGAAUAAUCUACUCCUAGAAACAUUCCACUCGCUCACGAUGCAAGGGAAACUAAUGAAAGAAUUCCAGCGCCUGCUGCGCAACGUCAAGAGCUUCAGUGACGACCAGGUUGAGGUUCUGCUGGACGGUUUGGACUUCGACCAGCCGCUAGAAACGUUCAACAUAAGGAUUCGGCCGAACGGCGGUCCGUACCGCGGUGGAACGUUCGGGUUCGCAAUCUCGCCACAAGACUACGGGCCUCCCGAGGUGAUCUGUGAAACCCAAAUCUACCAUCCCAACAUCGACCCGGAAGAUAACAACCUGUGCUUCAAUCUGCUGGAGGAUCUCUGGGAGGAUACGUUGACGCUGGAGGAUAUAGUGCAAGGUCUUCUCUUUCUCUUCUAUCACCCGGCAAUUGAUGAUCCGCUCAGUCACCUUUUCGAUGGUAGCGAGAGCUGGGAAGAGUUUGAGGAAAAUGUCCGCGCCAGCCUGCGCGGAGAAUCGAUCAAAGGCUAUGAUUUUGAAAGAAAUCUCAUUGGAGAAGAAAGCACGGAGAGAAUGACAAGUACCAAGGAAGCUGUCAAGAUGCUCACCCUGGAACGGCGCCAUUCGUUUGCCGGGGAGCUGGUCAAUAUCGAUUUUGAUCUCUAUAUGCUGAGUCAGCUGACUCCGCCUAGCUGCACCAAAGCGCCGCAGCCCUCUCUUGUGGAGGAUGAACCACCGUCGUCAUCUCCACUCCGUCAUGUGCUGUCUUGCGGUGACAUAGCCCGCAGCCAACUACCGGUGACGAGGGCCAGUCGCGAUGCAACCCGGCGUCACCGUCUGGACAUGGACGGUAAUUGUAUGGACACGGACUACAGCGACACCGACUGUGAAACUGACUACGACCACGUGACGGAUCACGACCGCGACGACGGUAGAGACGGUGAUACUAACAGCGUUGCCACCGAGAGCUCGACCGUCCACCAGCCCGUCUGCACUUGCCACCUCCUGGCCGGUGCGGCGGACAGCAAUGGUACCAGCGUGGACGCCUGCCCGGGAAUGGCCAGUGCCAGCAGCCCUGCUCCAGUCGCCGUCGGUAGGAAUAACAUCAAACGCAUCGGCCGGCAAUUGACGAGCUUUGUAAUGGGUUUGGUACGCGUGCGAUGAUCAUCGUUAACACAUCCGCUUUUUUACCCUUAGAACAACCAGUUGCUAGUUUUGCCUAUGUUUCUUGUCAGAGUUUUGAGCAUAGACAUGUUGAGAGUUUAUAAGACUGUUGAGAGGGAAACCGAUGCGUGCCAAAACAUCUACAAUACGUCCACUAAGGACAAAACAGUUCUGUCCGCUGAUUGAGUAACAGCUGUAUUAUAUACGCCUUGAAGGCCAAAUAUCUAUUCCUUUUUUUGUGUGUGUGCGCGCGCGUGUGUUGAAGCAGUGAAUUACGUUGUUUGAUACUUUUCUCGUAGGCUCAUCCCCACCUUGAACCCCCUCCCCCCUCACACACUCAUACUUGAAGUGAUUAUCACAUCAUUAAAUAAUUAAUGUUGAUGGCUAUCUGAAACAUCCGAGUUUCAGAUGGCUAUGUUUUAACCUACUUACCCGUGUAUUUUCCGCUUGACUGGCUUUUGCUGGUUUGAUGACUUUGUUACAAUUUUGGAAAAUCGUCUUUUCACCUCAAUAUCAUCCUGGUGACAUAUGCCGCACUUGUGGCGGUGCUUCAAGCACGAAAAGGAAA